AUGAAUGGGAUCUUAGGUUGGUGCAACUAAUCUUGAAAAUUACUUUGGUUGGAAUUUAAAUGAACAAUUUAAGUAUUUUUGUUCAAGAUGUCCGGCAAGAAUUUCAGUGACUACCAACUGUCCCGGGAACUUGUGAGGAUUCUACGACAUGGAUCUCGUAGUGGAAGCAUUCCUAUGGAUGAACAAGGUUAUGUUUACGUGGAUGAUAUAAUAGACUGCCCGGGGGUGAAGGGGAUGUUUCAUGGCGUGACUUUGGAAGACGUUCAAAAAGUUGUAAGUUCGAGCGAUAAGAAAAGAUACGAGAUGAAUUUGAUCGGUGGAAGAUGGAAGAUUAAAGCAACGCAAGGACAUUCUAUCAGGCUUGGCAACUUAGAAUUGGAACCGAUUACUAACUGGGCAAAACAUC